CCGUGGUUGCGAGCUGUUGGAGUCGGUGCUGCACCCUAAAGGUUCCCCAAGCGCAGGCGGCGGAGCGGCUCCGGGACGGCGGGGUUCGCCUCGGGGCCGAGCAGAUACCAUUGGGUGGUUUUAAUCAGGAAUGAAAUGUUCUGAAAGCUAAGAGCAGAAGCCUUUUUGGUCAACAUGGAAGACAAAAGACGGCGAGCCCGAGUGCAGGGAGCCUGGGCUGGCCCUGCUAAGAGCCAGGCCACUGCUCAGCCAGCUACCACUGCUAAGAGCCAUCUCCACCAGAGGCCUGGUCAGACCUGGACAAACAAGGAGCAUCAUCUUUUGGAUAGACAGUUCGUAUUCAGAGAACCCCAGGAGGUAGUACGCAGAGCCCCAGAGCCACGAGUGAUUGACAGAGAAGGUGUGUAUGAUAUCAGCGUGUCACCCACAGGCGUAUCUAGGGUGUGUUUGUAUCCUGGCUUUGUUGACCUGAAAGAAGCCGACUGGGUAUUGGAACAACUUUGUGAGGUUGUUCCCUGGAAACAGAGGACCGGCAUCAGAGAGGAUGUAACUUACAAGCAACCAAGACUUACAGCAUGGUAUGGAGAACUUCCUUACACUUAUUCAAGAAUCACUAUGGAACCAAAUGCUCACUGGCAUCCUGUGCUGCUCACACUGAAGGACCAGAUUGAAAAGAACACUGGCCACACCUUCAACUCCUUGCUCUGCAACCUUUACCGAAAUGAGAAAGACAGUGUCGACUGGCAUAGUGACGAUGAACCGUCGCUAGGGAGAUGUCCCAUCAUUGCUUCGCUGAGUUUUGGUGCCACACGCACUUUUGAGAUGAGAAGGAAGCCCCCACCAGAAGAGAAUGGAGACUACACCUAUGUGGAAAGAGUGAAGAUACCCUUGGAUCAUGGGACCUUGUUAAUCAUGGAAGGAGCUACACAAGCUGACUGGCAGCAUCGAGUGCCCCAAAGAAUACCACUCCAGAGAACCGAGAAUAAACCUGACCUUUCGGACAGUUUAUCCAGACCCCAGAGGGGGCGCGCUGGUGACGGGUGGUCUUUGUGAGGAGCUCUGCUGAGACUGAGCUGAGACUCCCACCCUGAAGAGACUUCCAGAGGCUGGUCCAGCUGAUCUCGUGGUGCAGCUGCUUGGAGGGUGAGGGUGUGGUUGCUUCCCAGCUUGGAGUCCUGUUAAACGACAGCUGGCCUCUCCCAUUCACAGUAUGCAUACUGUGGGGACAGUGCUCCCUGCUCACAUCCUGAAAUCGUACAUGAUAUGUUCUUUAGGCAAAUUAAAAACUGCUGUGGCUGUGCUCACGAG